GUAACUAUUAUCAGUGUGAUAGACCUCCUAUCGAUUGAUACUUUACUUUGUCGCAGGCAGCAAUUUUCUUACCACGCCAGUGUUAUUAUCAACAAGUUCGUGCCAAACGGUGUGUAAUCUGGAAGUGUCAAAUCAGCGAGUUAUGCAUCUAAUUUCCUGUCUUGUGGUGUCUGUCAGAAACCCUGAAAGAGCAGUUUAGGCAACAUUGCACUCCAGUUUUACGUAAAAUGCCUCAUGAUCUGGAAAAUGACCCGACAGCGAUUGCGCUAAGUGGGAAUCAUCUGCACACCCAUCCCGACUGGACACGAGGAAAGCAAAAACGAAAAUGGAUACGAAUUUUAUUAGUUAUUAUUGCCUGUGUCGUUUUCCUUUUAAUUGGACUAAUAAUCGGGUUAUUCAUUCCUCGUGAUCCUGCAACUUCCAUAUCGGAGAGCAAUGAAACGUCAACGGCGCCUUCCACCACCGUGACAUCCGCUGGAAAUGCCACUUCGUGGAGAAAAACACCAUGCACGGCACCGGAUAAUAGCCAAUGCCCUAAAGGCUAUCGGGAGCGGCCUCCGUUGUUGGUCGUAUCAACCGAUGGAUUUCGCGCGGAAUAUUUGUCGCGACAGCUGACGCCCGCCCUGGAGCGCAUUCGCUCCUGCGGAGUGUCGGCUCCAUCGAUGCGGCCCACCCAUCCGGCCAUCACCUUCCCCAAUCACUACAGCAUCGCCACAGGUCUCUUCGCCGAAUCUCACGGUAUUGUGGACAAUACAUUCUAUGAUCCCAUCUUGAAGGCGCAGUUUAACUACAAGAGUUCGGAGAGUGUCGGACAGUCACGCUGGUGGAACGGAGAACCGAUAUGGGUCACUGCGAGAAAGCAGGGCAAACGCGCUAAUGCUUAUUUCUGGGUGGGAACGGAGGCUGAAAUUCAAGGAUACCGGCCGAACGUGUAUCUACCGUUCAACGGUUCCACUCCCUUCGAAGACCGUGUCGACGCGGUAUUGUCCUGGUUAUCUUCUCCGGAUGACCUCCGUCCAGAUGUCACGAUGCUGUACUUCGAAGAGCCAGAUUCCGGAGGGCAUCGCUAUGGAACUCAGAGCCCGCAGGUGAAUGCCUCCUUAGACAGGAUGAACUCUGUCUUCGAUCGACUUAUGCAAGGCCUGCACGACCGAGACAUUUUGCCUUGCGUCAAUAUUAUCCUGGUCUCCGACCACGGGAUGGAAGAUGCUGACUGCGAUAAAGCUUUUUAUCUUGUCCCGAUGCUGCAAAACAACUCUGCAACGUCUUCCCUUACCAGCAACGAUAUUUUUGUUUACGGUGGCGUGCACGCGCGUAUAUCACUGAAGGAAACCUCGCCGUUUGCCGCUGAUGACCUUUAUGCCGCUUUACAAUGCCCAGCUAAGACACCGUCCAGUUCUUUUCCUCCCUAUCAAAUAUACAAAAAAGAACAGCUCCCGCGUAGACUCCACUAUACGAAUACACCACGCGUGGAACCGUUGGUAAUGAAUCUGAAAGCGCGCUCAUCGGUGUAUGCAUCUCAGAACCCGAUGUACACCUGUACCGGCGUCAGUGGUAUACAUGGGUACGACAAUUUAUAUGAAAGUCAACAGUCAAUUUUUAUGGCAAUGGGACCAUCUAUUAAAUCGGCCGUUGAAAUUGAGCCAUUUCGGAAUGUGGAGCUGUAUAACUUUAUGUGUGAUCUGCUGAACAUUUCGCCAGCGUCAAACAAUGGAACAUACGGUAGUUUGCAUGGAUUACUCAAAGAGCGAAAAUCCGCUCCCACCGUAAGCAAGUCGAAAGUGGAUGUGCCAAUUUUCCCACAAUCAGAAGCGGAAUUCGCUUCAAGAGGAGAUGAUACCUGCUCGCCAGCUCAAGCCUGUUUUACGGGAAGUAUGGCAGAAGCUGAUAUGUCACUGAAUAUUUCAAAUGCGGAAAGUGUUGCGCUUCUUGCCUAUCAUGCGCCUUUUGGGGUCCCCCAGUUUGAGUCGAGUGAAGAAUCAGCGAUUCGAUUGUUGGUUAAUCCAGACUACAUUGUUGCUUACGAUGUUGCCAGACAAAGGCCGAUCUGGAGCAGCUUCCGCAUUCAGCCGAACAGCACUCGCACACUUACAAAUCCUCCAAGUCUGGACUGCAUACGAACUGAUGUCCGGUUAGUAAGUUCAGAUAAACCGACUUGUCAAGCUCUCAGAAAUGCUUCGUUCGGGACUAAACCAGCAAACUUGGUGCCAUCAGGCACACGUUUGUCAGGAAUUAACAAUAUCCAGUUAAUCUCUAAUAUGAUUCCCAUGUUUGAUAAUUUUCGUAACGGUGUGUGGAAGAGCUUUUGGAACGUUGUGAACGGGUGGAUUGACCAUGGUUGGAAAUUAAAUGUCCAACUGGGACCGUUGUUUGAUCAUCAAUAUCCGUAUGGCGUUGCCGAUACAGAAAAUACAAAAAAAUCGGAAAUCCAUUAUCCAUCACAUUUCUACGUAAUUGUGACACGGGAUAAUAGAAAAACGCAAUGUGUUGGAAAGGAGUGUUUAACAGAUAUACUAGCAUUCAUGCUCCCACAUUCCAACGAUGUGCAACAUUGUCAGGAUGAUAGAUCGUAUAUCCUGACAAACAGUGCAACGGUGACGGAUAUUGAAAGUGCCACGAUGAUGCGCUUUUAUACUGAUCUUCCAGUUUACGAAAGUAUUAGAUUACGAACUCUUUUGCGAACGAAACUCUGGGGCUCCGAGAGCGGGCUGUGAAUGCCUUACAAGCACCCAAAACCGUUUUGAACUUUUAAGUCAAUAAUUUUGUAAUUCCAAGCAUUUCUGUGCCCUCUCGUAUUGAGAAUGUAUUACACAAAACUUUGACCAAAGAUCAGAGGCAUUAAAUUACGGUAACCGG